UGAGCUCAAGUAUCACUGGAACACGGGGACUUAUUUUGUGAGAGGAGGCUGCGGAUUCUUACAGAGCUUCAUCUUCAUCGUCUGAGGAGCUUCUCUUCCUCUCUGAGGUGUGAAUUCUGCUGUCAACAUGUCCGACACCGAGGAAGUGGAUCAGGUCGAGGACGAGGAAGCCCAGGAGGAGGUAGUAGAAGUAGAAGUAGCCCCUGAGGCGGAGGCCCAGGUAGAAGCAGAGCCAGAGGUAGAGCCUGAACCAGAACCCGAGCCAGAGGUGGCGCAGGAGGUGGUUCAUGAGGAGGAAGACGCCUAUGAAGAGGAAGUGGACGAGGGAGAUCAAGAUGAGGAGAAGCCGAAGUUUAAGCCGAGUGCUCCGAAGAUCCCAGAUGGCGAGAAAGUGGACUUUGACGACAUCCAGAAGAAACGUCAGAACAAAGAUCUGGUUGAGCUGCAGUCGCUGAUCGACGCUCACUUUGAGUGCAGGAAGAAGGAGGAGGAGGAACUCAUCGCUCUCAAAGAAAGAAUUGAGAAGCGUCGCGCUGAGCGAGCCGAGCAGCAGAGGAUUCGUGCUGAGAAGGAUAAAGAGCGACAGGCCAGACGGGAGGCCGAGCGGCAGAGGAAGGAGGAGGCCGACGCCCACAGGAAGGCUGAGGAUGAGGCCAAGAAGAAGAUAGCGCUGACCAACAUGGGAUCCAUGGGCUACAGCAGCCACCUGCAGAGGGUUGAUCAGAGGAGAGGCAAGAAGCAGACUGAAAGAGAAAAGAAGAAGAAGGUUCUCGCAGAGAGAUGCAAACCCCUUAGCGUCUCUGAUCUAAGCGAGGACAACCUGAGGGAAAAGGCCAAAGAGCUGUGGGAGUGGCUGCACAGGCUGGAGGCGAUUAAAUACGACCACUGCGAGAAGCUCAAGAGACAGAGAUACGAGGUCGUCUCUCUCAGAAACCGCAUUGACGAGCUGCAGAAACACAGCAAGAAGGGAGCCGCCUCACGCCGCAGGAAGUGAGCGGCCUCUCGAUGUCGUUGAGUAGCCCCCCCUGCAGCGUCCUGUAGCAACAGCAACGUCAACCGGACGACGUAGCGCCUGUGUCGGCCUGAGAGAAACUGUUUUAGGAUGAAUUAGCUGUAAAGAAGAUUCAGACAAUAAAGAAGCUAAACGCGAUCUGUUUGACUGUAUGUGCACUUUAGUUUUAGUUUAUAUCUCUGGUCAAUCUGAUUGUUGUGAAGGGGCAACCGAAUAAAACAAGAAGAUCAUGACUGAAAUGAAA